CCAGCACAGAAGAGUGAGGUUAAUCAUUCCUUACACUGCCUGGAAGGAAAACUUUUUCCAACAUAGACCUGAAAAGGACCAGUGACUCGAUUGAUCGCUGCCUGGAUCUAGUUAACACUGGCACAGUCAUAUAAUGCCAUUGGAUGGAAGUCUUCUGAUGUGAUUGAGGCUUUCAACCCCAACAAGAGGACUGAAGAUAAAGGGCAUCACCAUGCAUACCACUGUGCACAGAUGGUUCACUGCUCCUCUCUGCAUUACUCUCUACACUGUGAUCUGUAUUAGUCACGUGACUGGAUUCACAUAUGGGGACUGCAUGGUACAUGACCCAAAGCAGUUCAGAGGUCAUGUAAAGUUUUUCUGCAACAAAAAAAAUCUAAAGCAGGUGCCACCAAAACUCCCACUCGACGUAACUGAUAUAAACAUCGCUCACAAUAACAUCUCAGUGAUAAAGAGUGGGGAUUUCCAAAAUCUUAUACAUUUAGGAACCUUAAACAUCUCUCGCAACUUAAUCUCUUGUGUAGAGAAAGGAGCUUUCAGAGACUUGAUUUCCCUAACAGAAUUGUGCCUGAGUGAAAACCGUUUGACCGUAAUAACAAAUGAAUUCUUCAAUGGCCUGACCAAUCUUAAACUGCUCCUCCUGGAGAAUAACUCCAUUUCGACAAUUGAAAAUUCAUCAUUUUCUGUCUUCCAUCACCUUGAGUGUGUGAAACUGUCUGGCAAUAAGCUAAGAGACGUGGAAUCAAUGCAACCCGUUUUCAGGAUACAAACACUGAACGUACUCCAUAUCGCACAUAACAACAUUUCAAUUUUUCAUUCGACUGAUAUUUCAAAUAAAUCCCUCAGACUUCAAGUGUUGAAUUUAGCGCACAAUCCUAUAAACAUUUUCAGGAUUAGUGCAGAUAUUUUCCCCCACCUUGAGGCAGUCGAUCUGUCGUUCUGUUUUUCAAAUGGUGGAUUAAAAUGGGAAGUUCUGAACACAGAUUUCUUUAAGAAUGUAAAGAGGCUUGAAAUGGCUGGUGUCAAUGUCUCAGAAGUGAAAUCCAAUGCCAUACUGCAAGCAUUUAAUAAGUCACUGGCCCAGCUAACACUGAGUGCUGUGCACCGUGCAAAAUCCCUCAUAAAUAGCACUUGUCUGAUUCCAACACUCACAGAGUUUACUUUGAGAGAUAACAGAAUCAGAAACUUAACAGGAACAGGGCUAGAGAAAUGCUUUCAAGUUAAGGUAUUGGAUCUAUACUAUAAUAGUCUUUCCAAUCUGGAAAAUGUCUUUGCAUCACUAAAAAAUCUUACUUCUUUACAACUGGGCUAUAAUAAUUUUUCAUACAUUCCAAAUAUGAUACAUAAUCUAUCCAUGUUGGAGACGUUAAACUUUGUAUUUAAUCAAAUUGAAAAAUUGGAUUGUUUCACCUUUGGAAAUCUUACCAAUCUCAAAAAUCUUUACUUGUAUGGAAACAAAAUUAAUAUGGUGAAGGACUGUGUUUUUAAAGACCUGAUAAAUCUAAAAAGCCUAUACUUAGGAACAAACCAUAUUAGUUCUUUAGGAGGAGCUUUCAAAAAUGGUCCUGCAAAGUUGGAACAUCUGGAACUAAGCUCAAACUCCUUAUCUUCCCUUAAAACUGAUGACUUCAGUGGUUUAAAAUCACUCUCUUCUUUGCGUUUAAAUGACAAUAAAAUCAAAGUAAUUGAUAACGGGACUUUUGAGGCAUUAAGUAGCUUGAGAGUACUAAACUUGCUGUCUAACAAAAUUACAGAUGAAUCACUCACACCAGAUGUUUUUUCAGGACUUUCAAAUCUUUUACAACUGCAUUUACAGAAAAAUCACAUAUUGAAAAAAGAUUCUUUUAGGAAAGCUCCUUUUUCUCAUUUAAAAUCUCUUCAAUGGCUUUCAGUUUUAUCUCAGUCUCCUCAUAAAAUGAAGUCUUUCUUGCCCUCAAAUUUUCUAUGGAAUUUGACACAUUUACAGAGUUUUUGGGCUCAGAAUCUUGGGGUUAAGUCUUUACAUGUAGACUUGUUCAAGGAUAACACCCAGAUCACCGAACUAGCCUUGAGUGGAAAUGACCUCACGGCUCUUUCUCCUGAUAUAUUCCUGCCCCUGCGAAAACUCUAUAAACUCUAUUUAGAAGAAACCCACCUGAAAACUUUAGAUUUUCUUGUGCAAGCAAACCUACACCACCUCUACUAUUUGCAGGUCAGCAAAAACCAACUUGCAUCUAUCAAUCACUCAAUUAUCCAGUCUCUCCCUGGAUUAAGGCUACUCGAUAUGCGAGGAAACACCUUCACCUGUGACUGCAGUAUGGCUUGGUUCAUCAAAUGGGUGGAGGAGGAUGACCUUACAGAAGUACUUGCAGCUAAUAAAUAUGAAUGUAAUAGUCCUCCCAAUUUGAUAGAAACUAAACUUCUAAAACUAGAUGUACAGUCGUGUAACUCACAAGAUACAGCGUUUUUUUUUUACAUAUCCAGCUUUUUACUUGUGCUUCUGACUUUGUUCACCUCUCUCAUCUAUCACUUUCUACACAGGCAAAUAGUUUAUGUCUAUUAUCUCUUCUUGGCAUUUCUCUAUGACUAUAAAAGGCAGGGGUCAAGCAAGUCAUGUGGUUUCCAGUAUGAUGCUUUUGUUUCCUACAACGCACAUGAUGAACUGUGGGUUACUAGUGAAUUGCUUCCCAAACUGGAGGGGGAACAAGGAUGGAGAAUAUGUCUGCACCACCAGGACUUCCAACCAGGAAAGCCCAUCGUGGACAAUAUCGUGGAUGGCAUCUAUGGUAGCCGUAAGACUAUCUGCGUCAUCAGCCAACACUACUUGGAGAGUGAGUGGUGCUCCAGGGAAGUGCAGGUGGCCAGCUUCCGUCUGUUCGAUGAGAAAAAGGAUGUUCUGAUCCUGGUGUUCCUGGAGGACAUUCCAACCUAUCGGCUGUCCCCAUACUACAGGAUGAGGAGCCUCGUGAAGAAGUGCACAUACCUCAGCUGGCCCAAAGCGAGACAGGACCCCCGGGUCUUUUGGGAGAAACUACGAGUUGCCCUCGGUGCCAGAAGGGGUUCUGAGGAGGAGAAUUCCCUCAGUGAUGUGCAGAAUGUUCUUUGAACCUUGUCAGAUUCUGUCAAGGGAUAAGGUCUUAAGCUCAUGUUCAGUUUGACCUAACUGAUGAAAUCAUUGUUAAAACUAUGAUUGCAGUAAUAGUUUGUUUAGUUCAUUAACUCUUUUACUAAAUGAAUGCUGAUGUGAACAUUUUACAUUAAACUUUUUUUCUCUCUUUUAAAUGCUGAAAAAUGUGGACAUGACCAUACAAAUUAACAGCACAGGAAAAUGUUAAUGAUUUCAUAGGUUAUAUUACUUAUGCCUACUGUAUGUAUGUAGGUACAUUGGUUAUUUAGCUAAAACACUCAGUAUUAAUCAAUUAAUCAUAGGGCGGCAGUGGUACAGGAGGUAAAGAAGUCGUUUAGUAAUCAGAAGGUUGCUAGUUCGAUUCCCU